UGUUUUCCACACACAGCAGCAGUCAAAAUGAAUGCUAAGGAGCCAGAACCUGGUGACUUGAUAGAGUUCCUCCGUGAAGGCUAUCAGCACUGGGCUGUGUACAUUGGUGAUGGGGACGUUGUUCACAUGGUUACCCCCGGCAAAAGCAGUUCAGGGGCUUCAUCAACUGUGUCGGGAGCCUCUGUGGAGGCCCAAGUAAAGACAGAAAAACUUAAAGAUGUGGUCAACGGAAAGGAUUGGAGAAUAAAUAACAAACGCGACAACAAGUGGAAACCCAGGCCAAAGAAGGAAAUUGUGAAAGAAGCUGUUUCGAUGGUGGAUAAGGCUGUGAAGUACAGUCUCACUGACAGGAACUGUGAGCACUUCGCCACCUGGUGCCGUUACGGCAAACCUGAGUCUCUUCAGGCAGAGGUGCUGAAGAUUGCAGGCGCUGGAAUUGUAAUGGCAGUUAUUGUAGGAGCUCUGUUCCACGUGUUUAAGAAACAUUUUACAUAAAUAUCAUCCUAAGUGUAUCACUCCUUUGUCCCUUGUGAAAAUAAACGUACACAAGAAUACUUCCAUAUGAACUCUGAUUUAAUGAACUUAAAUCGUUAUUUGGACUUACUAACAUUGAAUAUAUAAACAAUAUAUAACUACAGAAUAUAUAUAACUGCGUGGGAUUGUUGUCAGCCACUGCUGGUGCUGCAAAAAGAUUUAUAGAAAGAUGUUUCAUUUUUACAGAGUUCAAAUGGUCAGAACACCCCCCAGUGGCCAAACACUUCUAAAUAUUACAGAGUAUUUCAAGAUCUACAGUUGCACAUAAUGACAAAAAAAUCUGAUAGAUGGAGAAUUGCUUACCCAGUCAUUUGAAGUUUUAUUUGUACUGUAGCGCCACCUACAGGUGAAAUGCCAUUAAUAUUUGCAGGACUGUUGUAUGUACAAACCACUAAUAUGCAAUUCAACCAUGUGUUCAACAGUUAAACCAGUGCUUCAUAACUGGCCACAUGAUGGUGCUAUUUGUUCCAUGUUUGAAUAUGUUAAACAUAUCCUCAGGAGUAAUCUGUGUUUGAAGAUUUUUGUUAAAUAAGGUGCAUCUGAAGUCCAUUAAAUUGCAUCAACAUGUCCCUCACUUGCUUCUUUUCCUUGCGUCUUAGUCCCUCCCACUGAGGAUGCAGGAGAGACGCAAGGAAACCAAGUGAGGAGAGAGGAGACGAGGAGAUAUGGUUUUAGAGACAUGAGACAUCCUUUCCUCCAAUGACAGCAGCAGCUGAUCAAUUU